UGUACGGUGUGCUUGUGUGUGUGUGUAUUUGUUGUAUUAGAAUGUGGAAAUUUUUUUUUUCCACAAGGCUGGGUGCAGCAAAAGUAGAACGAGUGGACGAUUGCAGAAAUGGGAAAAAACAAACAUAUACAAACACACACACACACACACAUAUACACAUCACAAGAAGGUCUUCCUGUUUGACGUCACGUACAUAGAGGGCUGACAAUUUCCAGUGCAUGUGGGGUGGUGGGAAUUUUUGCUGCUUCAAUAAUAGAAACUUUAUACAAAUUUUAAUUGCAAACGAAGCAACCAAAUUGCUACGCCAAUUGAAGGUGAUGUGCGUUAUCUGUUGUUUACAUUAGCCACACCGUAAGCUUUCAGUAAGAAAAGCAAAGAACAAUGGCUUCUGAAAUAGACGAACAAGUUCGGCUGGAAGAUACUCUGAAAACGUUCCAGCAGCUUCGUGCGGAUUCAUCGAUAAGCGACAAACCUACGACCGUGAUUGGAAGGAAUCCGUUUCGUGCAGAGCUGGACAGUGCCAGCGAAGCGCGUAUGAAAGAUCGUCAGUUGAUAAGGAAAAUUUUCGGCAACCGCUGCGAGUGUGGUGCGGAACGGGCACCCAUCGCAGCGACAGCAACGCACCAUGGCAAACAUAGCGCAUCGAUGCACUUGGAGCAUGGCAUACGAAAUCAACCCACGUUCAAGCACAAGCAUCGCUCCGAUCGGAAAACAAUUGUGCGAGACUCCAUGCUGCGUAACAUCGGCAAGUGUGUGCAUCAGAAUCUGCGAAAGAUGCACGAUGGAAAAGGGAUCGCCGGAGCGUCCGGUACGCCGAUCAAACCAUCCCUGUCGGAGACAAAUCUCACCAAAUGCUUCGCGAACGAGGCUAGCGAUGAUAUGCUCGAUUUUAGGUUACUGAUCACGCAGUGUAACGAACUGACGCUUGUCCCGGGUGCGACCGGUGUUGGAUCAACAACAUUCCGGCCAACGGACGAAGCGAUACCAAACUUUUCGCACAACAGCUUCCGAGCGCUUCGUUCGACGGAUCUUACCUGGCAGCAGCUCAGCCGAACGACGGCCAAUGCAAGGCACAAUCGAAAGCGGCAGCUGAAGAAAUCCAACAGUACCUCAUCGCUUGACAGUGACGGCAGCAGUGUGGAGGUAAACUUUAAGGGUAGUGGAACGCGCUGCGGUUCGUCGCAGGGCAGCGUUGCGAUCGAUAGUGAUGGUUUGGCAAUGGGGUCACUGUUUCCGGCGCUGCCCCUAGGUGGUGCUGCAUCGACGGCCGGUGGUUCAUCGUCGGCCAGUAGCAGCAACAGUAACAGCACGAAUGCAUCAUCUGCUUCCUCGUCAGCUGCGGCUUCCUGUUCGCAGCAGGCCCGCCUUAACGCCAUGCCCUGCGAUGUAACGAUCGACGAGAUGGCAAGCUAUUUCGAGACGCUUGUUUACAUCCCGAAGAAAAUGUCCAGCAUGGCGGAGAUGAUGUACAUCUAAUGCGGAGAAAAAUGGAGGCUUACCAUACAUACCACGUGAAUGGCACCGUGGGAAUAAUUCCCGUUCCCGUGUGCUGUCCCAGAAUGUGACUUUUUUUGGGGUAGAUUUGUUCGUAACGGUGUCGUGUCCUGUACAUUUAUUUCACUUUUCCUUUUUUGGGUGUUAGCGUUAUAGUAUCCGAGCAAAUGGGUGUCCCUGUUUCGUCUUCUAACCAGCUAAACAUGUUUGCUAAAUGCGCCAUGAUUGGAAUUGGCCAUGAAAUUUACCAGUAGGAAAUGUCCGUUUCGAAUGCAGCUGAAUUCGUUGCCCUAUACAUGUGCACUCCUCAAAUGCAAAGCAAUGUGGGAGAGUUAAAAUUAGUCAACAAUACACAUACUCUUGAAAUGGUAAUAUCAAUUAGUUUUAAAAGUUGCUCACAAAUUCAAACCCCGUACAAUAAUUUCUUUGACUGAUCAGGAUCGUUUGUCUGUGAAGCGUAUAGUGAUAAAUGAUUGGUUUGAAGAAAAAGGAUAGCAAAAGUUUUUUUUAUUUUCCCACUGAACACAAUGAUGCGUGUCUAUAUUAUCAUUGAGGAAUCGCACACUCCGUUCGGUCAUUUAUGGGCUCGGAAUUAUGAGUGUUUGUGUGGUUGUUGAUUUUUUAGAUCAAAAGAAUGGCUUGUAUCGUUGGUGAAAAUUUAAAGUAAUAUCCCUUCAACACGCUUUAAACGAAAGGGACGUUAGAACAAACAUACUUUAUUCUAUCCCAAGGCACCCAUUUAAUUCGCAAGUAUUCUCAUAAUCCAUCAUCAUUCGAUCGUGAAAGCUAGAAUUAUUAUUCUAGCGAAAGUGUAUUUCUUCCGAUACUACCAACACUGUAUGAGAUAUGUUUCUGUCUUUAAUGGUUAAGAAUGUAUAACCCUAGCUCAUGUUUUUAUGCCCACACAUAAAGUCAUAUUAUUGCCCUUGUAGUAAAAGAUGUGUCUCUCUCCUGCUCGAAGUGUGAGUGUGUGUAGCUGUAGAGUGCAUGAGGAUAGUAGUGUAAGAAAGGAGCUGAGCGACAGAGAGGAGAGAAACGGGAAUGUGUAGAUCGAAUUUAUCAAUCGUUCUUCAUUUUGUAUUGAUCGUUUUAUCUGAAUAAAGGAAGCAUAUGAUUCCAGGUUAAAA